AUGCCUCCAAGAACAAUAAGGUACCGGCCUAAAUCGCAACCACCACUACAUUAUUUUAAUGAAAUACCUAAUGUUUACGGACAAAAUAAUAUAAAUCGUCCCCAGAGUACUAAUUUAAAUCAAAAAAAUUUAAGAUCACCCCCAAAUUUGUAUGAUAUAGAUAAUAGUAAUAUUCAUUUUCUUACACAUAAUCAAACAUCAAACUAUACUAAUACUUCAACAAAUUCAACAUUAUCAUUAAGUCCCUCUGAUAGAUCAUUUUCUGAAUCACAAAAUAUUAUGGAAAAAAAUUAUUAUCAAGAAAAUUGUGAAAAAAAUUUACCUAAUCUAAGUCAGAUAAGAAUAAAUAACAAUUAUUCACCUGAAUUAAUAUCUUUUGUUGAUAAGCAUCAAACAUUCUUAGAAGAAGAAGGUGAAAUAUUAAAUCAAGGAUUAGAAAAUACAAGAGCUCUCCUGGAAUGGUAUCAAAAUAGAUGGAAUGCAUUAAAAAAAAGAAAAAAUAUGCUUGAUAGGGGUCUCGUUGCCCUUGAUACAGCAGUUCAUGAACAAAAACUUAACUUUUUGAGAGCUCAAAUUACUAUAUUAAAUAAUAGAAUUAAAGAUUUAUUACUUAGUACUGAAUUUGGGAUGCCCGAUAAUGCUGUUAUAGGAAGUGGUAAUGUUAAAAUAGGAUUUGAUAAAGAUAGUAUACCAUUAAUAAAAAUGCCUAAGCGAGAAGUAAAACUAUGUGAUUUUAAAAAAGAUAAAUUUCAAAAUUGUACACAAAAUGGAAGUAAUGAACAUUUAAAAAUACGUCAUAGAGUUCCAAUUAAUGAUUAUCAUACAAAUACAAGUGGUUCAUCAACUCCAUCUAGUUUUAUUACCAGAUAUACCAAUAAAAUCCCGGAUACAUUAUGUUAA